GUCCAGGGGACAGUAAUUUAAUUGUGGUGUCAAUUUAUUGUUAUUGUUUUUAUAAAUAAUACGUAAAAUUAUAAAAAUUGAUUUAAAGGUAAAAUAAAUAAGGUUUAUAUGUUUAAUGUUAAAAAUGCAACACUGUUUUUAAAUGUUUGAUAGAUAUAAAUAAGUCACAUGACCACGGUUUAGUUCAGGGUUCAAUGUGAAGGAUUGUGGGAAAUGCAACAUGGCGGCAGAGUCAUACACCAUUACAACGUGCUACAGAGAAGAAGACAAACUAACAAGCGAACUAUUCCGAUGGUCUGAGAGGCGCACACGUUUUCACGGUGUCUGCUGACUGGAGAGGGAUAAUAAAAAGUUAAAAGACAUCUGUAUGAUUCGUGGCCUUCAUAAACAUCAGACCUGAGUAGUUAUAGUGAAAACGUAACGCCCAACGUCGGUAAGGCCGAGAGUCCGGAGUGAGGAGCAGCGAGCGGUCCGCGAAAGAGAGAGAGGGAAGCCGAUCGAGGGAGCAGCGGGUGACCGGAGAGACGCCGAUCAAGAGGAGAGAGGGAAAGCCGUCACCGGGUGAAGAAUACCGUAUAUCGCGGCCGCGUGGACCACAGCUCUGCAGACAUCCUGUUCAGGCAUCAGCGUGUAGUGACUGUUCAUCCAAGCGCUGUCAACAGAGAAGCGGCUCUACGGACGGCGGCAGGUUUGUCGGUGCAACCAUACACUUCUCCACGGACCAUAACGUACUUUGAAGAAACUGGUUUAGAAGGAAAACGACCACAUACUGGUUUAUUAAAGAGACAUAUAUUCAUAGACUUAUGCUCCUGGUUUACCAUUGUAAUUGUUGUCAAUAUUUGAAUGAUGUUCUUUAUUUGAGGGUUUAAAUGCACAUUCAGAGGAGAUAUUGAGGUGAACAGAAGUUGCACUUGCAUUGCAUUGGCAUAGCUGGUGGUAGUAUGUUGUCAUUUAAGCAUUUAGAAUAAGUUGAUGUUACAUAGUGCUUUUCUUCAGCCGGUAAAAUGUCAGUUCAUGAGGAAAAUUCACAAGGUAGUGAAAUACAGCUUAAGCUCCUUCAAGACGAACUGAACCGAUUAAGUGAACAAUUACAAUCGCAAAUAAAUGAUGCUGAAAAGGAGAAGUUAGAAUCGCUUAUAGGUGAUGUUCUUGCUAAAAUAGAAAUACUCAAAAUGGCAGCGGUCGAGCCUUCUUCCACUGCAUCCCACACAGUUGAACUCAGGAAAUCUACACGAGAAAGAAAGUUAACCCCCAAAAUGCUAGAAUACAAGCAACAAGAGGCUCUUCAGAAGGAAGGUAAAUUUAUCAAGCUCUAUGAAAAAUGGAAAGAGCAGGUUAAAAUUGCACGUAACACACUUAAGGAUGAGUGCUCAGAUCAAGACUUAGGUGACAUGAUGGAUGCUGUUGAAGAACUGGAGAAAUAUGUGAAAGAUGCGUAUGAAAGUAUACGAUCUCAAUCAGCACCUUCUACUGAGGUUAGAAGAAAAAUGGACUCCUGCACAGCUGUAACAAGAGAUUUGAUGGAACUCAUGAAGGUUCGCAUGAGUGAAGUGGGACAAGAAGAAUUUGAUGCUCAGGCAGAAAGCGUAAGGCUUCGUUUAGUACUUCACAAAGAGUAUGCUCAGUCAAUAUUUGGGUCUAUAAUGGCUAGAUCUGCUGUUCAGAGCCAUCACUCAGGCCGGUCAAGUUUGUCAGAGGAAAGCAUUGCAGCAAAAAGAGCAGACUGUGCAGCACAAUUGGCUGCAAAGAAGGCUGAAAUUAACAUGGAGGAGGCAAUAGCUUCACAAAAGCAAGAACUUAAAAGACUAGAAAAUCAGAGAGAUCUAAAUGUGCUGGCUGCCAAGCUUAAGGUGUACUCUGAAGCUGACUCUGGUGAGGCUUAUGACAAAAAUGAAGCAGAGUGUAGUAAGAUGACUAGUUGUCCUCCUGCACCUAUUAAGAAAAUUAAAAAGGAACAAACAUGCCAGAACAAAAUUGACGAGCAAACUAAUGUCAAUUCCUCUGAAGCCUCAUUAGUUCAAGCACUGCAUGACACAAUGGUUCUUACCAGACUUCCUGCUCCAGAACCUCAAGUCUUCUCAGGAGAUCCACUUAAGUUCUUAGAGUGGAGCACAAGUUUCAAGACACUGAUAGAACGUCACUGCACAAAUCCAGCAGAAAGGUUGUUCUAUCUCCAGAGAUAUAUCAGUGGAGAGGCCCAAUCUGUAGUUGAAGGAAGCUUCUUCAGGAAAGAUGAUGAAGCUUACAGCCAAGCAUGGGAAGCACUGAAUGCCCGGUAUGGACACCCUUUCGUAAUCCAAUGUGCCUUUAGAGAAAAACUGAACAACUGGCCAAGGGUUGGUUCAAGAGAGUCAGGCAAGCUAAGACAAUUCAGUGAUUUUCUGAUAGCCUGUAGCAAUGCCAUGCCACACAUCAAAGGGCUUCAGGUGUUAAAUGACUGUGAGGAGAAUCAAAAGAUGCUUCAAAAACUCCCUGACUGGUUGACCUCUCGCUGGAAUCGACAUGUUACAAAACAGCUGCGAGAAACAGAAGAAUACCCCAAUUUUAAGAAGUUUGCUGACUUUGUGGCAAAAGAAGCAGACAUUGCAUGCAAUCCUGCGACAUCCUUUCAAGCCUUGAAGUCUACUGAAGAAAAGCCAUCAAGAGAUGCAAAGCGACCAAAGGCCAAUGUGUACGUUACAAAUGUGAGAGCAUCAGAUAAAACAUUGUCAUCAGCAAAAACACACAGUGCUGUAGAGAAUAGCUUUAAAAAUCAAAGUGAACCAAAGAAAGUGAGUACUUCAUUCUUAUCUACAAACCCUGUCCCCUGCAUGUUUUGUGAAGAAAGUCACUCUAUCCACAAAUGCCACAAGUUCUCCAGUAAGCCUGUAGAGGAAAAGAAAAGGUUUAUAAUGGACAACAACUUGUGUUUUGGCUGUCUUAGAAGAGGACACAAUUCAAAGAACUGUAAGAACAAGGCUACUUGUAGCAUAUGUAAGAAACCUCAUCCCACACCACUUCAUGUGGACCGACCUGCUGCAGACACAUCCUCUCACGUCUUACAAGCAGAAGAAAACACAUCCUCCCUGUCCUGCUGUGUGGACAGAGGCGAGGGUGGGAGUACGUCUAUGAUAGUGCCUGUGUGGGUUUCUUUAGCCACCACCUCUGAAACAGAGACAUUAGUGUAUGCACUGUUAGAUACACAAAGUAGCAACACCUUUGUAGAUCAACAGAUAUGUAAGAAGCUGGGAGCAGGUUUAGAGCCAGUUAAGCUAAAGCUCACUACUAUGAUGGGAAGAGAUUCUGUUGUACAGAGUGAGAGAGUUAGUGGGCUUAGAGUUAGAGGGUUUUCCUCACAAUGUUUUGUCAACCUGCCACCUGCUUAUACCACAGACUUCAUCCCCCUUGAACGUUCUCAUAUUCCCACCACCGAAACAGCUAAAGAAUGGAAACAUCUCAAGUGAAUAGCACCUGAAAUACCAGAACUGAUGGAAUGUGACGUUGGCCUACUCAUAGGCUAUGACUGCCCAAGAGCCUUGGCUCCACGUCAGUUUAUAACAGGAGGUGAUGAUGAGCCUUAUGGCAUUAAAACUGACCUCGGUUGGAGCAUUGUUGGAAGCUCAGCAGGUGUAGCAAGGUCAACUGAAGUAACAGGUUUGUGUCAUCGUGUGUCAGUCAAGGAAUGUCCAACCUUGACACCAGCUACUGUCAUCAGAGCACUCGAAGCUGAUUUCAAAGAUGCCAACUGUGGGGAAAAGAGCAUCUCACAAGAUGACAUUCUGUUUAUGCAGUUUCUUAAUGAAAAGAUACACCAGAAUGCUGAUGGGCACUUGGAAAUGCCACUCCCCUUUAAGGCUCGUCCACAGUUGCCAGAAAACAAGCGGCUGGCUCUGGUGAGGCUGAAGCAACUGCAAAGAAAAUUUGAGAGAAAUCACAAAUUCAAGCAUGACUACAUUAAGUUUAUGGAAGGAGUCUUCAGGGAUGGAGAUGCAGAGAGGGCUGAGAACCAACCCAUGCCAGGAAAUGUGUGGUAUAUUCCCCACCAGGGUGUGUAUCACCCCAGGAAGCCAGAGAAAAUCAGGGUUGUUUUUGACUGCUCCGCCAAGUAUGAGGGCACAGCUCUAAAUGAUCACUUGCUUGCCGGACCUGACCUCACAAACGGACUGACAGGAGUGCUCUGCAGGUUCCGCAAUCACCCAAUUGCAGUGAUAUGUGACGUGGAAAAAAUGUUUCACAGAUUUCAUGUAAACCCAGAGGAUAGAGACUACUUACGUUUCCUGUGGUGGGAAAAUGGCGACGCAACAUCUGAGCCAGUCGAGUAUCGCAUGCGGGUCCAUCUCUUUGGAGCAACAUCUUCUCCUGGUUGUGCAAAUUAUGGAAUGAAGUAUCUCGCAACAAAAAAUGAAAAGGACUAUCCCGCAGCAGCUGACUUUAUCAGAAAGAAUUUUUAUGUGGAUGAUGGCCUUGUCAGUGUAGAGUCCGUGGGCACAGCCAUCAAACUGGUCAGAGAAGCACAAAAUGUGUGUGCAAAGGGGAGAUUACACCUGCACAAGUUCAUCUCAAACAACAGACAAGUUUUGGAAUCUAUUCCUGACAGUGAACGUGCUAUUGGAGUUCAUGAUGUGGAUCUCAGUCACGCUGAACUUCCAGUUCAGACUGUGUUGGGAGUAAAAUGGAGUGUGGAUAGUGACACCUUCUCCUUUAAGGUCGACCUGGAGGUGAAGCCUGCAACACGGCGGGGAAUUCUCUCCACAGUUGCCUCAGUGUUUGACCCGCUAGGUUUCCUAGCUCCUUUCCUGUUACUGGGAAAGAAAAUACUACAAGAAAUGUGCCAAAAGGGCAUAGGAUGGGAUGAACAACUACCCACAGAAUUAAAACCACGAUGGCAGAGCUGGUUAAAUGACCUAGAAAAUCUGCAGAAACUCCGGAUCCCAAGAUGCUUCACUCCUGAAAACCUUGGGAAGGUACAGAGGAUGGAACUGCAUCACUUUGCUGAUGCCAGUAGCCAUGGAUAUGGCCAGUGUUCCUACAUUAGAGUAGUGACAGAGGAUAAAGUGCAUUGUUCCUUAGUCAUAGGUAAGGCGAGGGUCGCACCUACAAAGGUUGUCACCAUACCUAGACUAGAGUUGACAGCUGCAGUGGUCUCUUCAGCAGUCAGUAGUGUAUUGAAGGAGGAGCUGGAGCUCAAAAUCAACCAAGAGUACUUCUGGACAGAUUCUCAGGUAGUUUUGGGCUACAUCAACAAUGACGCUCGAAGGUUUCACGUCUUUGUUGCAAACAGAGUGCAAAGAAUUAAAGAAACGACAGACCCAACACAGUGGAACUAUGUCGACAGUGACCAAAACCCAGCGGAUCACGCUUCCAGAGGCCUGAAGGUGUCAGAGUUGAUGAAUUCAACCUGGUUUACAGGACCAAAAUUCCUGUGGGAAAGAGAGAUUGUGACACAAAAACUUACUCCACAGCUUAUGAUUGGAGAUCCAGAAGUAAAAACAACACACAUACUACAAGUAAAAGUAGUUGAAGAGGACAGUUUUUUGCAGAGAUUUGAGCGGUUCUCAAAAUGGCAUACAGCACUGAAUGUUGUUGCUCGAAUUCAGAAAUUAGCAAAGGGGACCAAAAUGACAGAGCCUGUAAAUGUCGAGGACAGAAGAAAAGCUAGUCUUGUACUUGUGAAGUUAGCACAGAAAGGUGCAUUCAAAGAGGAAGUGCAAAUGUUAAGUCACGGUAAUCUGCCACGCAGCCAUCAGCUGUUUCAGCUUGACCCUGUAGUGCAGGAUGGGAUCCUCAGGGUGGGUGGGAGAUUGAAGAAGGCCUCCUUACCUCUGGAUGAGAAGCAUCCUGUUAUCUUACCAAGAGACAGUGUGGUCACUCGUCUGAUAUUAGGCUACUGUCAUGAUAAAACUCAUCACCAAGGUAGAGGACAGACUCUCAAUGAGCUCAGAGCAAAUGGUUACUGGAUAGUUAGUGGCAGUAAAGUUGUAGCAAACUACAUCAAACAAUGUGUCACAUGCAGGAGAGCUCGAAGACCAACAGAAACGCAAAAAAUGGCUGACCUACCUGCUGACCGCGUGGAUCCCUCACCACCAUUCUCCUUCUGUGGGAUGGAUUGUUUUGGGCCUUUUAUGACCAAGCAAGGUCGUAAAGAGACUAAGAGGUACGGUCUCAUAUUCACCUGUCUAUCAUCCAGGGCAAUCCAUAUUGAAAUGCUGGAAGACUUAACAACGGAUGCCUUCAUAAACGCAUUGCGGUGCUUCAUAGCCAUUCGUGGAGCUGUGAGACAGCUUAGGUCAGAUCAAGGGACAAAUUUUGUUGGAGAUAAAAAUGAGCUCACAAAAUCUUUGAAAGAAGUCGACACAGACAGGUUAAAGGUUUACCUGGCAGAGAAACAAUGUGAUUUUAUUAUGAAUGUUCCUGAUGCCAGUCACAUGGGUGGAGUUUGGGAGCGGCAGAUCAGAACAGUUAGGAGCGUCCUUAGCUGGGUUCUCUCUAAGAGUGCAGGAAGAUUAGAUGAUGCUUCUCUAAGAACAUUUUUCUAUGAAGCCAUGUCAGUCGUAAACAGCCGCCCACUCACCACUGACAGUAUCAGUGAUCCCAAAAGUUUAGAGCCACUCACGCCUAACCAUUUGCUUACCAUGAAAAGUUCUGUCCCGCUGCCUCCUCCAGGAGAAUUUGUAGCAGAGGAUGUAUAUGUUAGGAAAAGGUGGCGCAGAGUCCAGUAUCUGGUGGAACAAUUUUGGAGUAGAUGGAGGAAAGAGUACCUAGCAAACAUCACCCUCAGACAAUGCUGGCAUUCUUCAAAGAGAAAUGUGAAGGUUGGAGAUAUUGUCAUUGUGAAAGAGAAGGAAAUUCCCCGUAAUGAGUGGAGGCUUGGAAGAGUACUAGAUGUUUGUAAAGAUGAGGAUGGACUAGUACGAAAGGCUACUGUACAAAUGGGAAGUCGAAAAUGUGGGGACAAGAGUCAACAAAACACUACUUCAUCCAUACUUGAACGUCCUAUUCAUAAAUUAGUUGUGCUUGUAGAAAACAAGUAAAGUAUGUUCCACAGGAACCAAAAAUUAAACCACUUCCCAAAUACCAGAUGUUUAAUUGAUGAAAUUACUGGAUUUAUUCAAUGAUUGUGUAAAGGUUUUAUAAAUUACAGUAAUUUGGUGGGAGUGUAACUGUCCAGGGGACAGUAAUUUAAUUGUGGUGUCAAUUUAUUGUUAUUGUUUUUAUAAAUAAUACGUAAAAUUAUAAAAAUUGAUUUAAAGGUAAAAUAAAUAAGGUUUAUAUGUUUAAUGUUAAAAAUGCAACACUGUUUUUAAAUGUUUGAUAGAUAUAAAUAAGUCACAUGACCACGGUUUAGUUCAGGGUUCAAUGUGAAGGAUUGUGGGAAAUGCAACAUGGCGGCAGAGUCAUACACCAUUACAACGUGCUACAGAGAAGAAGACAAACUAACAAGCGAACUAUUCCGAUGGUCUGAGAGGCGCACACGUUUUCACGGUGUCUGCUGACUGGAGAGGGAUAAUAAAAAGUUAAAAGACAUCUGUAUGAUUCGUGGCCUUCAUAAACAUCAGACCUGAGUAGUUAUAGAUGGUUAUAAGUAUUUAUUGAUCAUCACAAAUAUAUUUUCCAAAAGAGCCUAUGUACAUGCUCUAAAGAAAAAGACUGCUGCUGAAGUGGUGAAGGCUUUUGAAUCAGUGUUUAGAGACAACCAAACCCCAGAAAAGCUACAGACCAACGCUGGAAAAGAGUUUUUCAAUAAGAAUUUUAAGGCUUUGAUGAAUAAACACAGGACUGAACAUUUUGCCAUAGUCAGCGACCUAAAGGCCUCAGUCAUGGA